CUGCCCCACAGUGCUCUCUUUCAUUUAACAAACAAGCUACUUUUAAGAAGAAUUAUUCUGCAUUUUUUUCCCCCAAGAGUCCAACAGUCACAACCUGCUAGCAGAUUGUUUACCUCCCCAUCGCCUAAUUUAAUCUGUCUUUCCUGCAAACUUCUGCCACGGAGCGAGGGAUCACACCGGCGUGUUCUGGGACCAAACGGACCUGCACACCUGACCAAACACAUCCUCUUCUUUCUCUAGCAGCUCGGAAGGAAAGUACAAGUGUCUAAGGAAGGCAGCCAUGGCACUGCAGACCUUGGGUAUCACCUUGUCCAUGGUUGGUUUGGCUGGCACCAUCCUCAUCUGCGCCCUGCCCAUGUGGCGCGUGACGGCCUUCAUCGGGACCAACAUAGUGGUGGCGCAGGUCUUCUGGGAGGGCCUGUGGAUGAACUGUGUGUAUGAAAGCACGGGACAGAUGCAGUGCAAGAUCUACGAUGCUCUGCUGGACCUGUCGGCUGACCUGCAGGCGGCUCGAGGCCUGGUGGUCAUCGCCAUUGUGCUGGCCUGCCUCGGCUUCCUCACCUUCCUGGUGGGGGCGCAGUGCACCAACUGCCUUGGAAACCCCAGGGCCAAAGCUCGGGUGGUGCUGGCCUCCGGGGUCACUUUCAUCCUCUCAGGGCUCACCACCAUCGUCCCGGUGUCCUGGACUGCGAACAGAAUCAUCCAGGACUUCCACAAUCCCAUGGUACCAGAGGCGCUGAAGAAGGAGCUGGGGGCGGCGCUCUAUGUGGGCUGGGUCACCGCGGGCUUCCUGCUCUCCGGCGGAGCGGUUCUCUGCACCACCUGUCCUCCUGAGAAGUCGAACCACUCCAUCCGCUACAUGCUGGCAAACACACACAGCAGCAUCCAGCCCAGCUACGCCGUGAAGAACUACGUGUGAGAUUCACCUGCCGUGAGCGCACUGCAAACCAAACACCACGCAUCCACCAAAAGACACUUAACUGACACUUUCAAAGUUGUUUCAGAUGGUUUCUGUAGUUCAGUUAAUCCGCUGUAUGUGGAAAAAAAAUGCUAUGUAAUUAAAAUUGAAGAUCCAAGAUUGACAGUACCUGAAAAUCAAUUUCUACUUAACAUAUAUAAUAAUGUAUAAACAAAUUGUACCUUAUGUUUGUCGUGUCAAAGUUUAUUUUUGGAUUAAGAAAUGUUUAGAUACUGCUGCGUGCCUUUUUAAUGUUUAUGCAGGUUUUUACAAGAAUAAAUGCAUUUCAUAAAUAUCA